CAAACCAUGUGCUAACAUGGCGAAUUUUCAUCAUUCUUCGCUGGACGUUUGAUAAUUAUUGCGUGGCUGUUAUGGGAAUUCUGCUAAAUAAGGCAGUAUUCUUUACUUUUUGACAUAUUUUCUUUGUUUAGUUCGCAAUAACUGAACUGCCUAAAAAUGAGUGUCGACGCGUAUGGUCCGAGCUCCCAAACGCUCACGUUUCUGGACACUGAAGAAGCGGAUCUUAUUGGAGCUGAUACCCAGGGCUCCGAAUUUGAGUUUACUGACUUCACUCUCCCUUCUCAAAGCCAAACGCAGGCAUCUCAACAUGACCACGGACUCACAACAUCCAAUCAGGUAAACGGUCUUGGACGUUCAGACCAUACAUCUAAAGUCUUGAACGUGACUAAUGCGAUAGCAGAGUUGCAAUUCGAGGAAGAAGAUGAAGCUUUGUACAGCAGUAAAGAGUUGCCUGAUCAUGCUUGCAAGUACUGUGGCAUCCACGACCCUGCCACGGUCGUUAUGUGCAACAUAUGCAGUAAAUGGUUUUGCAAUGGGCGUGGGAACACCUCAGGCUCUCACAUCAUCAAUCACCUGGUCAGGGCCAAGCAUAAGGAAGCUGCCCUGCAUCGUGACGGACCCCUUGGAGAGACAUUGCUGGAGUGCUAUUCUUGUGGUGCCCGAAAUGUAUUUGUCCUUGGAUUUAUUCCGGCCAAAGCUGACUCUGUGGUUGUUUUGUUGUGCCGCCAACCGUGUGCUGCACAGAGCUCAUUGAAGGAUAUGAAUUGGGACCAAGAACAGUGGAAACCUUUGAUUUCUGAUCGUGCCUUCCUGUCCUGGCUAGUUAAAGUUCCAUCUGAGGCAGAGCAAAUGAGAGCUCGCCAGGUGACCCCUCAACAAAUAGGGCGCCUUGAAGAACUAUGGCGUGACAACGUCGAUGCUACUUUUCAAGACUUGGAGAAACCUGGAGUGGAUGAGGAACCUAACCAAGUUCUUUUGAGAUAUGAAGAUGGCUAUCAAUACCAGAAUAUCUUUGGACCAUUAGUGAAAUUGGAAGCUGACUAUGACAAGAGACUAAAAGAGUCUCAGACCCAGGAAGGCAUUGAGGUUCGCUGGGACGUGGGCCUCAAUAAGAAGACCAUUGCUUACUUUACACUCGCCAAAACUGAUAGUGAUAUGAAGCUCAUGCAUGGUGAUGAGCUUAGGUUGAGAUACGUCGGCGAGUUGCACAAGGCGUGGUCGGGCGUGGGUCACGUGAUCAAGGUGCCUGACAACUACGGCGAUGACGUAGGACUCGAGCUCAAGAGCGGCGCCGGCGCACCGCUGGAUUGCACUUCUAACUUUGUCGUUGACUUUAUUUGGAAGAGCACGUCGUUUGACAGGAUGCAACUGGCCCUGCGCAAAUUCGCCGUAGACGAUUCUUCGGUGUCGGGCUACAUUUACCGCCGCCUGCUAGGACACGAAGUCGAGGAAGUUCUGUUCCGCGUCCAUCUGCCGAAGCAUUUCAGCGCCCCGAACUUGCCCGACCUCAAUCGCUCGCAGGUUUACGCUGUGAAACAUGCCCUCCAACGUCCGCUCUCAUUGAUUCAAGGGCCCCCCGGCACCGGCAAGACGGUCACGUCCGCCACCAUCGUGUACCAGCUGGUGCGCCAGAACGGCGGGCCCGUGCUCGUGUGCGCGCCCUCCAACACCGCCGUCGACCAGCUCACCGAGAAGAUCCACCGCACCGGGCUCAAGGUGGUGCGCCUGUGCGCCAAGUCGCGCGAGGCCAUGGAGUCCUCCGUGUCCUUCCUGGCGCUGCACGAGCAGGCGCGCGCGCUCGGGUCCGCCGACAGCGAGCUGCGCAAGCUCACGCGCCUCAAGGAGGAGGCCGGCGAGCUGUCGGCCGCCGACGAGCGCCGCUACCGCGCCCUGCGCCGCGCCGCCGAGCGCCGCCUGCUCGACGCCGCCGACGUCGUCUGCACCACCUGCGUCGGCGCCGGCGACCCGCGCGUCGCCCGCAUGCGCUUCCAGUCCAUCCUCAUCGACGAGGGCAUGCAGUCCACCGAGCCCGAGUGCAUGGUGCCCGUCGUGCUCGGCGCGCGCCAGCUCAUCCUCGUCGGCGACCACUGCCAGCUGGGGCCCGUCGUCAUGUGCAAGAAGGCCGCCAAGGCCGGCCUCAGCCAGAGCCUGUUCGAGCGCCUCGUCGUGCUCGGCAUCCGGCCCUUCCGCCUCGAGGUGCAGUACCGCAUGCACCCGGAGCUGUCGCGCUUCCCGUCCGACUUCUUCUACGAGGGCUCGCUGCAGAACGGCGUCAGCGCCGAGGAGCGCCGCCUGCACAAGAUCGACUUCCCGUGGCCGCGCCCCGACCGCCCGAUGUUCUUCUACGUCACGCAGGGCCAGGAGGAGAUCGCCGGCUCCGGCACGUCCUACCUGAACCGCACCGAGGCCGCCAACGUCGAGAAGCUCACCACGCGCUUCCUCAAGGCGGGCGUGCGCCCCGAGCAGAUCGGCAUCAUCACGCCCUACGAGGGCCAGCGCUCCUACCUCGUGCAGCACAUGCAGUACCAGGGCAGCCUGCACGCCAAGCUGUACCAGGAGAUCGAGGUGGCCAGCGUCGACGCCUUCCAGGGCCGCGAGAAGGACAUCAUCAUCAUGUCGUGCGUGCGCUCCAACGAGCACCAGGGCAUCGGCUUCCUCAGCGACCCGCGCCGCCUCAACGUGGCGCUCACGCGCGCCAAGUACGGGCUCAUCGUCGUCGGCAACCCCAAGGUGCUCAGCAAGCAGCCGCUGUGGAACCACCUGCUCGCCUUCUACAAGGAGCGCCGCGUGCUCACCGAGGGCCCGCUGUCCAACCUCAAGGAGUCCGCGAUCCAGUUCGCGAAGCCCAAGAAGCUGGUGAACGCGCAGAACCCCGGCUCGCACUUCAUGUCCACGUCGAUGUUCGACGCGCGCGAGGCCAUGGUGCCGGGCUCGGUGUACGACCGCGCGCGGCCGCUGCGCGACCCGCUGGCCUACGUCGGGCCCGAGCGCGCCGCGCUGCUGCACGCGCCCGUGCCGCCCGCCGCCUUCGCGCCGCACCGGCCGCCGCCGCGCCCGCGCCGCCGCGCGCCGCGCCUGUCGCAGGAGCCGCUGUCGCAGCAGCCGCCGCUGUCGCUGUCGCAGGGCGCCUCGCAGCCCGACUUCAGCCAGGAGUCGGCGGCGCCCGACUGCCCGUCGCAGCCGGACGGGCUGCUGUCGCAGGACUCCACGUACCAGGGCGGCUUCCGGGCGCGCUGCUCGCAGUACUGAGCGCCGCGCGCACG